CCGGCGUUCGGCGAGUCUCGAGCAUACCUCGUUCUUGUCAACCACAAGGCGUCUGUGAGCAUACUUUUGUUCUACCUUGAUGUAUUUGGUAACCAUAAACCUUUGAGUGGCAUUUAUCUGUGUCACUAUGCCUGCAGUUUCGAAGCUUGUGCCAGAGGAGACUGUAUUCUUCCUCUGCGACGUGCAGACACGUUUCAAAAAUCUCAUAUUCGGUAUCGAUGAACUGGUGUUGACGAUCAACAAGAUGCUCAAGGUUGCUAAGGUGUUGAAUAUCCCUGUGGUUGUCACGGAACAGAACCCCAAAGGCCUCGGAAGCACCAUCCCGGACAUCGAUUUACCUUACCUAGGGCCCCUCCUCGUUGCUACCAUCGAGAAAGGGCUCUUCUCCAUGAUGACGCCGGAAGUAAAGACCAUACUGCAUGAACGCCCGCAGAUAAGAUCUAUGGUGCUUUUUGGCAUCGAGUCACAAGUUUGCGUAUUACAAUCUGCUCUAGAUUUCAUCGAGGCGGGAUAUAAUGUCCACGUGAUAGCAGAUGGUGUGUCUAGCUCUAAUAAAGAAGAGAUUCCAUUUGCCCUGGCACGGAUUCGACAGAGUGGUGGAUACAUCACUACGAGCGAGAGUGCGGCUUUUCAAUUGCAACGGGAUGCUGGUGUUCCCGGGUUCAAAUCGUUCUCAAACGUUAUGAAGGAAGAGAAGGAUAACACGGAAAGAACGUUGCAGAAGCUGUUGCAACACCGCGCUGUCUUGUAGACUAUGAUUUCCCUGCAGUGAUUUGCCAUGAUUGCGUAUCAUAUUUUCCCACUCCAGAGAGGAUCUGGAAGAGCUUUACACUCCGGCAGAUCUUGAGGCACUCAAAAGUACGUGCAUCAAGGGCUAAUAAAUAUAAGAACUUACGCAUGUAGUAUCGAGUGAUGAACGACACAGAUCAACUAC